AUGGGAAAAGCUAAAAAGACAAGAAAGUUCGCAGCAGUGAAACGUACGAUCAGCAAAAAGGACCCCCGAAUGUCCAAACCAUCCACCAACCCCAACUCCACCUCCUCAAAAGAAGAUCCAGAACUCACCCGUUCAGUACCCCAAGUCUCUUCAGCCUUAUUCUUCAAAUAUAACGAAGCCAUCAAACCACCAUAUCAGGUCCUCAUCGAUACAAAUUUCAUUAAUUUCAGUAUCCAGAAGAAAAUCGACAUUAUUCGAGGAUUAAUGGAUGUCUUAAUGGCAAAAGCAAUCCCAAUAAUCACGGAUUGUGUAAUGGCCGAACUCGAAAAGUUGGGUCCUAAAUAUAGAAUCGCACUAAAAUUAGCCAAAGACCCUAGAAUACAAAGGUUGAAAUGUACACAUGCGGGUGUUUACGCCGAUGAUUGUUUGGUGAAUAGGGUGGUGCAACAUAAGUGUUAUAUCGUGGCUACUAAUGAUGCGGAUUUGAAGAGGAGGAUAAGAAAGGUGCCGGGGAUCCCGUUGGUUAGUGUAGGUGGACAUGCAUAUGUUAUUGAAAGAUUACCUGAUGUGUUCUAG